AUGGGAAGCGGUAUGCUGAAGCAUGCAGACAAAGUGAAAUCGAAGAGAGGAGAGAAGGAGCCGGAGGAUUCGACGCUGCACACGAGGAAGGUGAGGAAACUUCACCACGACGAUCAGCCCAGUGGCCAGGAGGAGAGCAUGGAGGAGGAGACCGACGAGCUCCUGAACAGAGACGGGAUUGAGCAGGAGGAGCAGAAGGGAGACCAGGGCAAGGUGGAGCACAAGGAGCGAGAGUUCUGGAUUGUUGGAGAUCCCCAGUCUAGCGAAUUCGGGAAGCCGUUCCUGGACGAGCGGCUGAUCCGAGCAGGAGUCCGACGGGGCCCCUACUGCCUGGUGACUCGCGAGGAUGAGACGACCCUCCUCCUCCACAGGGCCCCUUCGGUGGCAGACUUUCACUCCCACUACCUCGAGAAGGCGAAGCCGCAGAUCGCGGCGAUGGAGGCGGAGGCGAGGAAGAAGCUCGCUCUCCUGGGGGACUCCCGCACCUCAGAGAGGAGGGCGGAGCUCGGGCAUUGGGACAUCAUCGCUAUGCGCCCUGCCUUCGUUCCUCGUCGGGUGAUCUACGGAUUUGUCAUCUUCCUACUCAUCAUCGGGACGGGAAUCAUGCUGUACAGGGACGAGCCUCCCUCCCUCCUCCUCCCCGUCCUCGUCACCUGCCUCUACCCGAUCGCGAUCAUGGUCGCGUCUCGCAUCAUGAUGGAGAGGAUUCAGCCAGCGGAGAAGUACGUGUUCGAGUUUCUCCUGGUCUUCGACCUCUACCAGACCAUCUCCUCCUCCUUCAUCUUCAUCCUCGUCCUCCUCGAGUCCAACAGGCUGGGAAUGCUGCGACAUCCAUGGGGCAACCGGGCGGAGGUUUCCUCCCCCACCUUGCGCUGUCUGAUCCAGCUGCACUACUACAACCGUAUCCUCGAGCUCCUCGACACGAUCUUCCGCAUCUCCCAGAAGAAGUUCCGCACCUACGGGGCCCUUCACUUCUACCUGCGCCUCGUCAACGUCUGGUCCUGGUUUGCUGCAGCUCGAGUGGGAGGAGGAGACGCGUUCUUCAUCACCGCCCUGGACUCUGCUGUGGUCGCCAUCAGAUUCGUAGUCUUCACACUCUCCCUCCUCCGUCUCAACUGGAACAUCCGCAUCGACUUCGGCAUGCAUGCGCCGAAGUUACACUUGUUCAGGAAGGAGCAUCUGUACCACCUGCAGGUUUACGAGUUCGCCGUCCUCCUCCUCCAUGCCCUGCUGGCGCUAUGGUGGAGGAGCAUGCCGGCCGGCCUGAUGGUGAUGCAGAUCUUUGUGAUGCUGCAGGGGCUCUUCAUCUUCACGGACUUCUACUUCUCACGCGACGCUGAGAAGAGGCUGUGGAAGAGGAGGUACACCGAGUCUCGCCUCAUGAUCAGCUUCGACUCCUCGGCAUGGCUCUUCCUCUACCACUUUGGAGUCGCCAUGUGGUUCGAGGACAACAUCGACAAGGACCCGAAGCUCAUCGGCUACAGCGGCAGCAGCGGAGGGUCGCUGGUUGCCGGCACACUCGCCUCAGGCAUCGACGCCCGAGCCCUCUCAACCUGGGUCAUCUCCAACUCGUUCCCGGUGGCUGGCAGGAACCCCUUCCGCCUCCUCUCCCAGUGCGAGCAGGCGCUGGACAUCUUCCUGCCCAAGGACGCACACCUCAAGAGUACCGAGGUUCUCCGCGUCCUUCUCACCAAAGUCUCAAGCAAGCCUCCCUUCCUCAUGGGAGAGGUAGUUAGCACCUUCCACACUUGGGGGGAGCUCUUUGCCAGCCUUCGUGCCUCCUGCCACAUCCCCCUCGUCUGCCUCCUCCCGUAUCCUGUCCCCGGGCACGGCUGGUACUACGACGGGCUCGUGUGGGCGUCGCUCUUCGUGCCGUGGAGGACGUUCAGUGAGUCGGACACGGUGAUCAAAGUCAGGUAA